GUGUGUGUCUGUGUCUGUCUGUGUGUGUGUGUCUGUGUGUGUUUGUGAUGAUGGCCGCCGGUCCGCUCUCUCCUCUCUUCCUCGGUUUUGACUUCAGCACUCAGCAGGUAAACUUUCUUCUCUUUUAUUUCCUCUUUUCUUCUCACCUGGACGUCCACAUGAAUGACGUGACUGACGCACGUGUCUGCGCGAAGGCAGAGUCUUGAGUUUAUCGCGCAGAAGCGGAAGUAGCAGAGUGAGUCCUGAAGGAUGAUAGCAGAGUCUGGACUUUGGAGCUGCUGUCAGUAAAGUCUAAAUAAAAACACAUUAAAGCUUUAAAACCUUAAUUUUUGUGUGUCAAACUAAAGAGGCAGAACUUUAUUGAAGAUCAGAACAACUCCGGUUAUAACAGGAUGGAUUUAAAACAGCUGUAAUAGAAGAUUAUUAGAGUGUUUUGAUUUAAUCCUGAGGAAUAAUGAGUCAACUUUGUGCUCAGUUUGUACCUGUUCGGGUUCUCAGUGUCUAAAGACCUCAGGAGAAUUAAUAUUAAAGUUAUAAACAGGAUCAGCUCUUCCUCUUCUAACAUCUCACACUUGGUAAAAUCAGUAAAACUCAGUUAUUUUACAGUAUAAAGUGAAUAAACACUAAUUCUUCAGUCACUUCGUGCUCUACAGUGAUAUAAACUCAGACUGAACUCUGAACUCUCAGCAGAUGAACUCACAGAUUCUUGUGGUCCAAAAAGUUGUGUUGUAUUCUGUGUUUUGUGAACAUGAAACUAUCUUGGAGGAACAAAUACUACUACUACUACUACUACUAAUAAUAAUAAUAAUAAUGAUAAGGAACAAAUUCCAUAGGGUCAUACGAGUAAACAAACUUAGUUGUAAAUCCCACAUAAAUCAUAUUAAAUCGAAAAUGUCAAAAUCUAUCUCCAUGCUGUAUAAAGCCAAAGAUUUACUUUCACAAAAAGAGUUUUAGCCACUCUAUACUCUUCCCUGAUAACUCCGUACAUGACUUAUUGUUUUGAGAUUUGGGGAAACACUUUUAAAACAAAUACAAACCCGAUAUCUCUUUCACAAAGUCAGCCGGAAGAGUCAUCUGCAAUAAACAUAACCAUGAAUCAACUCAUCCCUGAUUUACUUCCUUAAAGUUUUACAUCACAAUACAAAUCAUGUAACCUUACUGCAACAUGAACCUGUUUAAACUGAGGGACUCUAAUUACAACCGAAGACGCUGUGGAUUAUUUCAGAAACCUAAAGCGCGAACCAAUGUCAAAAAAAUUUAUGUGUCUGUAAAAAAGGUGACAAUAAUAAUGAUAAUAAUAGAUUUUAUUUGUAACGCACUUUACAUUUGAAAACAAAUCUCAAAGUGCACAACGAUAACAAAAAAGGCAGAAAUAACAGUAAAAUCAAGCAACAGAACCGAACAAUAAAAACAGUCAGCAGAUAAAAUCAGAUAAAAUUAGUCAGGAUAGGCUUUCAGUAUAAAACGACUGUCCGACUGCAGAAAUGAGAAAAUGUAGAACUCUGGUAAACUUUGAGAGACUUUACAAGAAUAAUGUUACUUCUUAAUAUUGUAGAGAAAAUGAUGUCUGAUUAUGAAUGUAAAGUGUAAACAUGUUUAUAACUCGCUCUGAUUUGAAGAGUGAAUAUAUACUAAAGUGUUAAUAUUUGUAUAAAGCGAUUGUAUCUGUAUAAUGUACUCCAUGUCUGGUAUAAGAGUUAGGUCUUUAUAAGCAUUUGGUCAUAUUACACCAAAAUAAAAUCUUAAAAUCCUAAUAGUGAUAAUUAAAUGUGUAUUUUUUCCUUCUGUUGCUGCCUGAAGCUGAAGGUGGUGGCCGUGGAUGGAGACCUGAAUGUGGUUCAUCAGAAUAAUGUGCAGUUUGACUCUGAACUACCUGAGUUCAGGUAACACACCUCACCUCUUUAUCGGAGGAGAAAUGAUCUGAACUUUAUUAACGAGUGUUUUUCAAACUGAGCUGCUCUCUGUCUGACGUCAGGACUCAGGGCGGAGUCCACAUCCACACGGACAAACUGACCGUCACCUCACCUGUCCUCAUGUGGGUGAAGGUAGGACGCUCGCUCACAGAGUCAGGAUGAUUUGGCUGUUUUCCCGCCGCUCUGGUCACUCUGUAACUCCUCAGUUUACGUUUUAACCACGUCUGCAGCUGACCUUUGACCUCUCUGCCAACAGGCUUUGGACCUGAUAUUGGACAAGAUGAAGAGGGCGGGGCUUGACUUCUCACGCGUCAGAGCGUUGUCAGGCAGCGGCCAGGUGAGUCAAAUAGUGGCAUCAUGAUCUGGUUCUUAAAGUCCAACCCCUAGUGGACACCAGAGGAACUGCAGGCUUCAUAUCAGAAUCAGAAAUACUUUAGUAAUCCUCACAGGGAAACUGCUUUUUGUCAGUGCAAAUAAGGAGAAAGAGGAGAUAAAUAAUAGAUAAAAUAAGUAAAAAUAAAGAGAUAAUAUACAAGUAUGAACACUAUAUACAAUAUCGUACCUGUAACCUGAUGAUGGUGCAGCAGAGAUCUCUGUGUUUUCUCCUUUAGCAACAUGGAAGUGUGUACUGGAGAACAGGAGCGUCUGAGACCCUGAAAACCCUUGAUCCAGAUCAGACCCUGAACCAGCAGCUGCAGGUCUGAGUGUCAGUCCUGAAUACCUGAGUGUGUGUGUGUUUGUGUGUGUUUGUUAAUGUGUAUAUGUCUGUUGUGUUCACAGAGUAGCUUCUCCGUCUCAGACUCUCCUGUAUGGAUGGACUCCAGCAGCACUCAGCAGUGUCAGCACCUGGAGAGAGCAGCAGGGGGCGCUCUGAGGCUGGCAGAGAUCACCGGGUCCAGAGCCUACGAGGUCUGAGCUGUGUGUCUGUUCAGAUGUCUGAACACCUGUCCUCAUCAUUCUCUUAGAUUUACCUUAGAUCUGUCUUCUUACUCACCUGUCCUCCUGCUCACCUGACUCUCUUCACACUAAAAACCUUUCCACACCUGUCUGUUAUGUCAUAUGUCAGUCCUGUCACCUGUCCAUCAGCUCAGCUGUGUGUUUGUCCUGUGUGUGCUUUAACUUCUCACCUGUGUGCACGUGUUAGAUCACCUGCCUGUCUCUUUACCUGUCUGUAUGAUUACACCUGUCUUUAGUUAGUCAUGUGACACUGAGAGAAUGACUGUAUAUAUAUAUAUAUAUAUUUUUUUUUUUUUAUACAUAUAUAUAUAUAUAUAUAUAUAUAUACAUAUACAUAUAUACACUCACCGGCCACUUUAUUAGGUACACCUGUCCAACUGCUCGUUAACACUUAAUUUCUAAUCAGCCAAUCACAUGGUCUGAGUAUUUCAGAAACUGCUGAUCUACUGGGAUUUUCACGCACAACCAUCUCUAGGGUUUACAGAGAAUGGUCCGAAAAAGAAAAAAUAUCCAGUGAGCGGCAGUUCUGUGGGCGGAAAUGCCUUGUUGAUGCCAGAGGUCAGAGGAGAAUGGCCAGACUGGUUCGAGCUGAUAGAAAGGCAACAGUGACUCAAAUAACCACCCGUUACAACCAAGGUAGGCAGAAGAGCAUCUCUGAACGCACAGUACGUCGAACUUUGAGGCAGAUGGGCUACAGCAGCAGAAGACCACGCCGGGUGCCACUCCUUUCAGCUAAGAACAGGAAACUGAGGCUACAAUUUGCACAAGCUCAUCGAAAUUGGACAAUAGAAGAUUGGAAAAACGUUGCCUGGUCUGAUGAGUCUCGAUUUCUGCUGCGACAUUCGGAUGGUAGGGUCAGAAUUUGGCGUCAACAACAUGAAAGCAUGGAUCCAUCCUGCCUUGUAUCAACGGUUCAGGCUGGUGGUGGUGGUGUCAUGGUGUGGGGAAUAUUUUCUUGGCACUCUUUGGGCCCCUUGGUACCAAUUGAGCAUCGUUGCAACGCCACAGCCUACCUGAGUAUUGUUGCUGACCAUGUCCAUCCCUUUAUGACCACAAUGUACCCAACUUCUGAUGGCUACUUUCAGCAGGAUAAUGCGCCAUGUCAUAAAGCUGGAAUCAUCUCAGACUGGUUUCUUGAACAUGACAAUGAGUUCACUGUACUCAAAUGGCCUCCACAGUCACCAGAUCUCAAUCCAAUAGAGCAUCUUUGGGAUGUGGUGUAACGGGAGAUUCGCAUCAUGGAUGUGCAGCCGACAAAUCUGCGGCAACUGUGUGAUGCCAUCAUGUCAAUAUGGACCAGGCUCUCUGAGGAAUGCUUCCAGCACCUUGUUGAAUCUAUGCCACGAAGAAUUGAGGCAGUUCUGAAGGCAAAAGGGGGUCCAACCCGUUACUAGCAUGGUGUACCUAAUAAAGUGGCCGGUGAGUGUAUAUAUAUAUAUAUAUAUAUAUAUAUAUAUAUAUAUAUAUAUGUAUAUAUAAAGACUCCUAACAUUCCAGUGUACGGUGCAGGUAUCAUUUAAAAACCGUAGAUUUCAGCGAGUUCAGAGGAUUUUUGAUCAUCAGAUUAUUCACCUCCCGUCAGCGACCAUAGAGCAAACCAGACUGUUAUACUGGAGUAAGAUGGCCGCCGUGUAGGGACGCCAGUGACUCCUCCUCAUUGAGUCAUCUAGCCUUUCUUAUAGAUAUCUAUGUGAAUGACACUCUGAGCAGUCGUGACCAUAUAAGGAGAUGAGUCUAACCCAAUCAGGUGCUACCAUAUGCAGGGGUGAUAAAAACAUGAAACUUUAUUUUUACUUAUUUAAAUCCACAAAACCUUAAAAUAUAAAUUAAACAACCCCAGACUACACUAUCAUAUGUGACUACAACUUUAUUUAGUCACAUCCUUUCAGUAAUUUCUCCAAAGGAUUAUUAAACUUGGCCCUGUUCACCCCCCAUACUAACCUUAGUUGGACCCUCCCGGUACCUUAAAAAGGCUGUUUGUUUCCCUGGGGACUCUUUUUACCAGCGCACCGUGGGAGUGGAGGCAGAAAUGUACAGGUAAGUGUUUCUUUUUUUGUCAUGUUCACAUCAGAUUAAACUUCAUAUUUCACUUAACUCAGCGCACAGAAAUCUUUGAUGACUUUUCCAACGUCUCCUCUGUUUCUCACAGGAGGAGCUGAGGAUAAAUCCACACGAACAACGAUCGUGUGUGAAAAACUCAAACCAAACUAACUCUGAAUAAAAGUAUUUUUACUGAAACACCUCUCAGACUCUUCAUUUAUUCACGUGUGUUUGUUUUUUAUCUACAAUCCUCCAAUGACAUGUCGAUCUAUUCACUGUGAACACUUGUUAUGUUAGCUGCCUCGACCCUGCUGUCUGAUAAACUGGAACAGAGACCGGAGCGACUUCUGUUGUUUGUAUUUUAUUCAUAUUCUUAUUUAAAGAAGAAAACGCUCAGAUUAACAUGUUUGUUUGUUUGUUUUCAGCGUUUCACAGGUAACCAGAUCGCCAAACUCCAGCAGACCAAACCAAACGAGUUUCAGAAUGCCGAGGUGAACCUGAAGGCAUCAGUUUGACUUUAUCAAUAUAGUAUUAAGAGAUAAAAAUGACUGUUAAAAUGACUUUUCACUGUUCAAAUUGUAUUUUAACCUCCUUAUUAGAUCAAUAAUCAGAUAAAUCACUAUCAUUUAUUUACCUAAAGGUCACCACUUUUACUUUUUUACAUAAAGAGUCUUUUUAUCAGAUUUAUGUCUCACUAUUAUGACUUUACUGUAACUAAUAUCGCCUUUAAUUAAACUCUGCUGCAUUUUAAUUUGAUUAUAUCAUUUAUCCUUAUUCAACUUUACUAUUGUAUCACUUUGUUUUGUAAUAUUUCACUAUAUUAGCUUAUAAUAUUAAACAUUACUAUUUAAUGACUUUAUUUUAAGUAAACGCAGAGACUCAUGCUCGUUUACAUUCUUACCUGUUUGGUUUAUUUUUCCAGAGGAUCUCAUUGGUCAGCAGCUUCGCCGCCUCUCUGUUCCUCGGUGAUUACGCCGCCAUCGACUACAGUGAUGGUAAAACAAACAAAAGUCUACUUUUUAUUUAAAACUGAUUGUUGUUAUAUUUUUAGCUUUUAUAUUUUGACCAGCAGGGGGCAGCAGUGCUGGUGUAAAGUUAUAUAUUGCAUGGACGUCAAUGAGAAAACUAACCUACUAUCAUCUCUCUGACAUUCAUGAGAACAUUAACCUGAUAAUUUAACAUUUUAAUGAGUUAAUUUAAAAACAGUUUGACUCUAUGAUCAAAGUUUAGAGUCUUCGGGUCUCCAUUUUUUGUCUUUUUCAUUGUUGACCUUGUUGAACAUGAACGUGACAAACAUGAACAAAUCUUAACUGAUGUGUUCACUGACUCCAGGUUCAGGGAUGAAUCUGUUGGAUAUCCGGACCAGAACCUGGUCUGAGGUCUGCCUGGAAGCCACCGCCCCUCACCUGGACCGCCUGCUGGGAUCUCCAGUCCCCUCCACAGCUGUACUGGUAAGACUGGUCCAAACUGGGAUCAGAACUGAAGGUGAAGUGAACUCUAAAGUCUGAGCUUCCGUCUCUGCAGGGUCCGGUCUCCUCCUACUUUGUGCAGCGAUACGGUUUCUCUGAGAGCUGCAGGGUGGUGGCGUUCACCGGAGACAACCCAGGUGAGCUGAGUGAAGAACGGUCAGUUCUUUAGUUUGGACACAGGGUGGCGCUGUUGUGUUUCAGGAAACUGUCUGCUUUAUUGAACUCUAACUCACAGUGUCAUAAAGUCUUCAUACCUCUUGAACUUUUUCACAUUUUCUCUACAAACACAAACUUGAGAUUUUUCUCAUAGACAAACACAAAGUAGAACAGGAUUAUGAAGUGGAACAAAAAUCAAACAUGGUUUAAAAAAUUUAACAAAUAAAAAUCUGAAAAGUGUGUUGUACGUUUGUAUUCAAAAUAAACAAAUAUAAAUAAUAAUCAUCAUUAUUUUCUUCUCCUCAGCGUCUCUGGCAGGAAUGAGACUCAAACAGGGAGACAUCGCUGUAAGUCCACAUUAAACCAGUUUAUCAGUCAGCGAACACACUGAACUUUGUGUAGGAGUGUUCGUGUGUGUGUGUGUUCAUGUUCAUGUGUGUGUCUGUGCAGGUGAGUCUGGGCACCAGUGAUACGGUCUUCCUGUGGCUCCGUCAGCCUCGUCCAGCGCUGGAGGGUCAUAUCUUCUGUAACCCUGUAGACUGGGAGGCGUAUAUGGCUCUGCUGUGGUACGUACACACACACACACACACACACACACACACACACACACACACACACACACACACACACACACACCCUGUAGGAGCCAAAUAUGUUGAUGUGAUACCAUAUCAUCAGUUGCAGUUCACUUUUUGUGCCCUGGGUGUCGCUGUCCUGUUAUCUGGGGCUCAGGAAUAAAGGGACAACAUGUCACUGUUGGAAGCAGGUGUUCGACCCGGAAGUGUAAAAGGUUUUUGACUUUCGUGGCCACAGACAUUAUAUACAUAGACGCCUCGUUACAUGUUGGAGUGUAAUCCAGUGUCGCCGCCAUAUUGGAUGGGUCUCCCCACUCCAGGUUCGCUCAAGAGCCAAACGGGGUCAGUGGAGAAUAAACAACUGUGCCUGAAAAGCCCGACUCUCACUGAUCAUCACAGUAAACUCAGCAGUGCAGCGCGUCAACCAGGUUACUCCAGGUCAAACAUCUCAGAAGCUUUAAGUUUUGACUUGGCGCCUACAUACUCAAAUAUCAAAACAAUAACGUCCAACCUGUGGGUACUGCGAGUAUGUAGCAGAGUUAGCAGCAGCAGGUGAUCUCUUUAGAUUCAUCUGUUCACACAGUUAGCAGGAAUAAAUAUGUCACAUCAGCACUUUCAGGGAUAAACUCGUUUUACUAAAGAUAAUCAGAGUUUAGAAUUCCUGACUUCCCUGAAUGCAUCACUCAAACUUUGGAAACUUUGACCCAAAGGCAGCGAUGGAGAGAAACAAAAGAGGAGUGAAAUAAAGAAAAAGGGAGAGCGGGAUGGACGGAGGCAGAGAUGAGUGGAGCGACCUGCAGGCGGCCCACAGGCUGUGGAAGUUCAAACCCACUGAGGACGAGCCGUCACUCGUUUGUUAAAACGCGGCGCCCUCCCUCCUUGAGAGAGAGAGAGAGAGAGAGAGAGAGAGAGAGAGGCUUUAAUAUUCUGACUGUGUGUGUGUGUGUCUCAGCUUUAAGAACGGGUCGCUGACGAGGGAACGAAUCAGGAACGAGUGUGCUGAAGGAUCAUGGGAACUUUUCUCUGCCGCCCUGAGAGACACACCGCUGGGGAAUAACGGACACAUAGGUGAUGCUUCCUCAUCUCCUUUCCUCAUUUCCCUCUUCAAUUGUUCUCUCUCUCUCCUUCCUUCCUUUCCUCAUUGCCUCCUUUGGUGGUUCUCCCUCCAUUCCUUUCCUCUUUUCCUUCUUAAGUUGCUUCCUUUCCUUUCCUCUCCCUCUCUGUUGUUAAUCUUUAACAACUUCUUCCUUCCCUUCACUUCCAUGCUUGUCUCCUUGAAGACUUUCCUCUCUCCUCUUCCUUCUUUCUGUUACUUUCUUUCCUUUUUUGUCUUUUUCUUUCUCUUCUUUUUAUUCCAUCCCUCUCCCUCUCUGUGUUUGCAGGUUUUUUCUUCGAUGUGAUGGAGAUCACGCCCUCUGUAGUCGGAGUUCAUCGGUUUGACCCGGAGGACAGAGAGGUCGGUGAAAAAAGAGAGUGAUAGAAAAGGAGAGAGAGAGAGCUGAACUCUUUUUUCUUUAAACUAGUUUUAAGUUCCCGUGUUGUUCUCUCUCUGUCCUGCAGGUGUCCUCGUUCAGUCCUCACGUGGAGGUGCGCGCUCUGGUGGAGGGUCAGUUUCUGUCCAGGAGGCUCCAUGCUGAGAGGCUGGGCUACUCCAUCAGUAAGACCUCCACCCUUUUACUUAAAACCACAUCAUCAGCAGAGAUUCAGGGCUCACAGCGACACUUUUAGAUCAGCAGCAGAAGAAGAAGAAGCAGCUGUUGUUGUUGUUGUCGCUCCAAACCUCCUUUUACUGUUUCUAUGACUUUAAUCUGAACGUCUGUUUUCAGUUCCAGGAACCAGAGUUUUAGCAACAGGAGGAGCUUCAUCCAACAGAGAGAUCCUGCAGGUCAGACAGCAGUACACCUUUUAUCAGAUAAACAUGUGACAGGAGGGCUGGGGUCAUCGUUGUUGUUGUUGUCGUUGUUGUUGUUUUAGUUGUUGUUGUUUUUUGUCGGUCCGCUCUGUAACCUGUUUUUUUUGUUCCUCAGGUUCUCUCUGACGUUUUUAACGCUCCGGUUUACACCAUCGAUCUGUCAAACUCUGCCUGCCUGGGAUCAGGAUACAGAGCUCUGCACGGUAACACACACACACACACACACACACACACACACACACACACACACACACACACACACACACACACACACGAUCAUAAUGUGUGUGUGUGUGUUCUGCUGAGCUCAUAGGCUUUCUCAGCAUCAUCCUGACCUUCUGUACAGUGUAUACAGCUGUGUGUGUGUGUGUGUGUGUGUGUGUGUGUGUGUGUGUGUGUGUGUGUGUGUGUGUGUGUGUGUCUCUCCUGAUGAACUGGUUCUGAUUUCCACCUUCUUGUUGACUUAACGAGCCUUGGCGUCCUGCACUAAUUGGACUCUUAACGAGCUCUGUGAUUGGUUAACGACCUCUUAGAUUAAUUAGCUGCUGAAGAGUCGAGGGACUGAAGUUUAGAACGUUCAGAGUUAAACCAGCUGAUUAAGAAACAAUCAUCCAGUUCUGACUGGUUUUAAUUGAUCAGGUGAGCCUUCUGAUUGGUUAAAACCAGCUGAACCUCAAGCCAUCACUAUUUGGUUAACGCUGUAGUCAUAGAAACCCAAUGCUCUGAUUGGUUAGUGUCGUAAAAGCCAGCUCUCUGAUUGGUCGAUGUGUGUUUCAGGUCUGGUCGCAGAAUCUGGAGCUUCUUUCUCAGACGUUUUGAAGGACGCUCCUGAACCACAACUGGUCGCCACCCCGCAACCUACUGCACAGGAGGUACACACACACACACACACACAGACACACAGACACACACACACUGUCCUACUUUCAUGACUCACUGCCUCUUCAUUAAAAGCCUUGUUCCCAUAUGGAACAGCAGUGAAGAAAAUUACAUGACAGGCAUUCAGAGACACACACACACACACACGUGCGCACACACACACACACACACACACACACACACACACACACACACACACAGAGUUUAAUAGGUCAGGCAGGGACAGAGCUGAACCACACUCAGUCCGUUUCCAUGACACUCAAGAAAACCGAAUUAUCGCCUUAUUCCGACUAAGACCGGACAACUGAAGGUCAUGUAAACACUUUAGUCCGACUAUAAUCGGAGUUUAAGAACUCUGAUUAAGACACCCAGAUAAUGAGAUUGGAAUUCGAUUUUCUCUACCAUGUAACCAGCGUAGUCGGAGAAUGAUCGGACAAUGCGUUUGCGUGUGCGCCACGCCCCCGUGACAAAAACACCAGAGAAGAGGAGUAGCAUUGUAGACACUUCUGACGUCUGACACGGACCGGAAACAGCGCCGCUGAAAAGACCCAUAUCGCCCCCUAGUGUUGGGGAGGAGGACACGUUCACGUCAAUAAUUCGAUUUUCUCAGCUGCAUGUAAACGAGGACAAGGAGAGAAGUCUGAUUCAAAAAGACGAAUUACGAGUUUAGUCGAUUAAACUGAGACUGUAAACGUACUGAGAGUUUAACAGAGGGUUAACGGAUCUGUGAUGUCACCAGGUGUUUGCUCAGGUAUGUUGAGAAAAGAAACCAGGAGGAUAAAAAACAAAGUGGUUCUCUGAUGAAGAGGAGAUGAAGGAGGAAAGGGAAAGUUUUUUUUUGUCUUUUUCUCCUUUUUUUUUCUUGUCAGUCGUUCCUCGGUCUCUCUAAAGAAACGCCGCGUUCGUCUAAACGUGUUCUUCGCUGUUAUUACUCUAAAGUGUUUGACAUCUCCACCCGUCUGCUCCUCUUCACCUCCUGAACUCCUCCGCCUGCACCGACUGUCAUGGAGAAAAAAUGUUAAUUUAUAAAAAUCCCAGAUAUCCGAUCAAACUUCAUGAACGAGUCGAUUCAGACGAGUGGCUGAUGGAAACAAAAAGACUUUAUUGGACGCUCAGAUUCGCUCACACACACUUCAGCGGUCGUGUGUGUGUGUGUGUGCAGGGUUUCAUGUUAUUCUCAUGUUGUUCUCAUGUUUCCUGAAGUGAUGCUCGCUCAUGUUUGUCCUCCAUAAUUAAGAACCUCAUCAUUUAUUGAUGAACUCUGUUUUUUUCACCCUGAUUACUUUAUGAGCUGAUGAAUAUUCUUCAUUCACUCACUGUACCGGGCGAGUAUCCAAUAUGAAGUAAAACAGAAGUUUAUUUUUAAUGGUGAAAUUUUACUGUUUCAUCUACAGAACUGUGUGAACUUUGACACGACUCCAACAUUUAUUAACCUCUGCUCACUGUGGACCAUGUUUUACUCUUACAAAGACCAAAAGAGUGGAGUUAUCUAAACUCGACCUGUUAGACAGGACUCUGUGUGAGCAGGAGUUCCCGGUGUUAGGACAACUGCUUAUCAUCUCAUCUCUCAUAUAAUCUCUCAUAUUUUAUAUUUAAUCUCAUAUAUCUCUAAAUGAUAUAACCCUGAAGGUUGACACUGACAGAUGACACUGAGAUGUUCUGCUCUGAUAACUCUAAAUCCCAGUUACAGUUUAUUAGUUUUUAAAUGAAACAGGAAAUAGUCGGAUGGAUGAAGUCAAACAUUUUUCAUCUUUUAUUUCAUCUAAACUGAAUCCACCUGAGUGUUUUUCUGUCCGUGUGUUUCAGGUGUACAAUCAGAUGCUGAAGCGCUACGCCCAAUUGGAGGACAGAAUCCUGAAGGAGACACGCCCCUAAACCACAGCGACCAAUCAGCUCUGUUGGAACUCUGUGGCUCGGCAAACAAGAUAAGAUUUUAGGGAACAGGAGCGGUGACGUGAUUUUUAAGAAUGAAACUGAUUCAUGAUCGAUGAGAACAGUUAACCCUGAAAACCCGGGACCUGGACGGACCUCGUGGUUUUGCAGAUAGAAUCAGAACCCAUCCUGACCCGAAACCAGAGACCCUGAGACAGGACGGUUUUUACCACAGGGUCAACAGGUCAGCUUCAGGUGGAUCCAUGCUGACUCAAACACCUGUAAUCAGCUGAUUCUGUUUGUUUACGGAUGAUGAGCUGUGAUUGAAAAAUGUAAAAACUGUAAAUCUAAAAUUUUUCAUGAUUUUAAAUAAAAACUAAACUGUCCUCUGAGACCUGGAUCCCUGACUCUGAGACCCUGAUUAAAACCCCGUAGAGCAGAUCCUAAAGCGGACCCUGACCACCUUCAGGUGAACUUCUAAUUAACAAAGGAAAUGAAUUCACUGUCUGAUUAAAUCUGAAGGUAAUUUCAUUUUCCUCUCUAAUCAAUGACCGUGUUUGGAUCUCAUUUUAUGAUCCCAGAUUAGACAGUCUCUGUUUCUCGUUAUUCAGAGUGUUUCUGUUUCUUUUCUCAAACGUGUGAAAACUUCGACUGUAAAGAUUCAUAUUUUCAGACGGUCUGACGUCUAAAUGUGUCAGCAAGAUACAGGAACAUGUUUUAGGGGUCACUGUUAAAUAAGGAUUUAAGGACUAAAACCUCAGGAUGUGAUAUUUUUAUAAAAAC